UACGCAGAGAUCCUCUUCGACGAGCGGCGGUCCGCUUUCGCACUCCAGUCCGUCCCUUGGUAAGACGAGAUCAUGAAGCUCCUCGUAGCAGUCGCGCUGAUCGCCGCCGUGGUCUUCGCCGCCGAGCCGGCCAAGGAGGAGGAACGACCCAAGACGUUCAGGCGGCUCAUCCCCGCGGACGUCCUUCGUGACUUCCCGGGCGUCUGCUUCGCCUCGACCAAAUGCGCGACCGUGGAGCCUGGCAAGUCCUGGGAACUUUCACCGUUCUGCGGCCGCUCGACCUGCGUGCCCGCCGACGACAACUCCGGCCGGCUCUUCGAGCUCGUUGAGGACUGCGGCCCCCUGCCGAAGGCCAACCCCAAGUGCAAGCUCUCCGACAAGACCAACAAGACCGCCAGCUUCCCCGAGUGCUGUCCGAGCUUCGAGUGCGAGGACGGCGCCAAGCUGGAGUACCCAGAGAUCCCGACGCUGCCGCCACCUGUCGACGAGUUGGCCAAGCCCGAAGCGUCCUCGACGGCCAAGCCUUAAACCUCGCCCGGUUCCACUUUUCAUCCCUUCGAACCAAAUGUUCUCCCCUCUCCCUCCCCCGCCAACGUCCCUGAAGUCCGAAUACCCUCUCAAGGUGACGCCCAGUUUUUUCUUUUCUUUUCAUCUGAAAAUCUUUCCUCCUCCCUUUUUUUGCUUGCCGCACCCACUGUACGACCUCGGCAUAACGGAACUCGACUUCGCCGGUUUCUUAUUCGUGACGUUGGCUUUGAUGUGUCACGAAUAAGAGGUUUCUCCGUUCCUCCGGAGCUUUAUCCCUAUGUUAACACCUUUAUCUACCGGAAGCCUGUUAAUUGGCUUUUUUCCGAUACCUGUGGUCGCAUUUUUACCCAAAUUCAUUGCUGGGUAACGUGUUAACUGCCGAGGGCUUAUAUUAGCUGGAGACGCGUUAUAGAAAACUCGCUGACGGGGACGACGACUUCUUUUUUCGAUGCCGAGUGAUCUACAUCUGGGUGUUCCAAGUGUAGAACUCGUAUUCUACAAUUCGUGCAUUUGGUUCUCCAGAAUCGCCGGAUUCGAAGAGUCGGGAGUUGCCGCAUCCGUCCGCUAGGAGGAGAUUUCACAGCUUGAGGUCUACGAAUAAGAGAUCGGUUAUUGGACGCGUUGGUGGUGUGGUAAAAUUUGAAAGACCGGCAGAAGAUUCCACAAAAUUAGAGAAGGCUCUUAAACGUACCUGGGAAGGAUCUGGCGAAACGUCGAAACUGGAAAUAACUGAUCUUUGCGUGGAACUCUCUCAUUGAGGAGUCGCGCUGAAUACUCUAAUCGUAAUUGGCGCCAGUGUACUGGAACUAGUACUUUUUCCUAUUCCUGCGAUUAAAUGCUCUCUAACGGUAUCCAAUCAAUGAUAGGUCCCUAGAGGUUUAAUAUUUAGUCGCGACAUAAUCCUGGAUCUGGAUAAUGUCCGUUAUACAUCUUAGACAAGGAUGGUAUUCCCGCCUCGAAUGAUGUUUUCGCAGUGAAUUCUGAUAAAUGGCGUUCUCUAAAUCGAGCUGUAGAAGCAGUCGCUAAACGGCAAGAUGCAUACAGAACUAACAUCACCCGAACGAGGCCACGCCGUUUCCCUUCACCGUUCAAUGUGACUUACUCCCGUGUAUGUUCCAGAUAAGUAGCGAGUUGUCCAUAAAAUUCAGAUCACGCCCUUGUUUUUUCCUUUCUUCUCGCCCGACUCGCCAGAGACCUCUCUCGAGUAUAUUCGAAACUAUACCUCCUGGCGAUUGAAUACCUACUAUCCGUUCUUCUUGGUUUUCCUUUUUUUUUUCUUUUUUUUUCCUCUUCAUUAUAGUUUGCGGCGUCAAUUGAUUUGAAUAUUGGCACGUCGUCCUUAACAAACUGCGGUAAUUGUUUAACGUUAAUAAUGGGAAUAAGAUUCCCUUACCAUUGCUCUGAAAAAAGGUUGAGAUCAUUUCUGAGAUUUUCCCACGCUUUGGGAUCGAUUUGCGUAUUAUUCUAAAUAUGGUAAUUUUGAUUAAUGAACGAGCGCGGUUCGCAUUAUUUGCCAAACAACGAACGGUGCCCGUUGAUUAGUUAACGUUUACCAUUAUUAGAAACACGACUCGCUAUCUAAGCUUCGCUUUGAAUAAGGAUCUCUGGAUUGUUUUCAGUGUGCGCUAGUUGCACGACUUCGUCAUUGACCUUGUGGAAUCAGUGCGAGAUUCUUCGACUCUUUAGGAUUGAUUAGCACGCGACUGUAAAUUGCCGCUUCGAACUUGUUAAUUGUAAAAUGGAAAAUGUCGUCUUUGUGGCGUUUCCUUGUCGCUUAAUCGAUCGCUGUAACCUCCGUCCUCGAUGCAAAAGACGCCCGCGCGCGUUAUCGCGACCAUGUGUGAUUGUAACUACUAUGUGAUUAAAUUAAUUGUAUUUAA